GGUGCCACGGCAUCCCAGUCUCUUGGGGAUUGGGGAGAGAGGCAGAGCAGGACCUGUGGUCUCGGCAGCAGGGGUCUCUGCUUUGCUGGCUCACCAGGCCCAGGUGCCCAGCGCCGCACUCGCUGGUACUGGCUGCGGGGUCACACCGGGCAGGAAAGGCGCCAUGUGGACUGGGUGCGCCAGCAUCGUGGGCUGGUUCCUUUUCAUCCAGACAGCGCCCGGGGUGGCAGGCGGCUAUCCCUGCAAUGCCAAGAACUUUGGCCACAACUCUCUGGUGUGUGAAUGCAACGCCUCGUAUUGUGACACGCUGGACCCCGUUGUCGUCCCGGCCAUGGGCAUGUAUGCUAAGUAUGAGAGCAGCAAGGCGGGCAAGCGGCUGGAGCGCAGCGAGGGGAGGUUCCAGAGCGACUCUACGGCCCCAGAUCUGUUGCUGAAGCUGGACACGGCGCAGCAGUACCAGAAAGUGAAGGGCUUUGGCGGGGCUCUCACAGACUCCGCCGCCAUGAACAUCAUGGCCCUGUCCCCGGGCACCCAGACCAACCUACUCAAGUCGUACUUCUCAGAGGAAGGGAUCGAGUACAACCUGGUCCGCGUCCCCAUGGCCAGCUGUGACUUCUCUGUCCGUCUCUACACCUAUGAUGACUCUGAGGGGGACUUCGAGCUGAGGAACUUUAGCCUGACCGAGGAGGACACGAAGCUGAAAAUCCCCAUUCUCCAGCAUGCCCAGGCCAUGGCCAGGACGCCGCUCUCCCUGUAUGCCAGUCCCUGGACGUCCCCCAUCUGGCUGAAAACUAACGGAGCCAUGACAGGAAGGGGCACGCUGAAAGGGAAGCCGGGGGACAAGUAUCACAAGACCUGGGCCAACUACUUCAUCAGGUUCCUGGACGAAUACGCCAAGCACAACUUGACGUUCUGGGCGGUGACGGCUGGGAACGAGCCCACGGCUGGAGAGAUCGUCUUCUACCCCUUCCAGUGCCUGGGCUUCUCCCCUGAGCACCAACGGGACUUCGUCGCCCAGGACCUGGGCCCGGCACUGGCCAACAGCUCGCACAAGGGCAUCCAGCUCAUCAUGCUGGACGACCAGCGAGUGAUGCUGCCCUACUGGGCGGAAGUGGUCCUGAAUGACCCUGUGGCCGCCAGCUUCAUCAACGGCAUCGGCAUUCACUGGUACCUGGACUUCCUGGCGCCCAUCGACCUCACGCUGUCCAUCACCCACCACCUCUUCCCCGGCUACUACCUGCUCUCCACAGAGGCCUCCACAGGGUCCUACUUCUGGGAGCCCAGGGUGGUUCUGGGUGGCUGGGACCGAGGGAGCAAGUACAGCCACAGCAUCCUGACGAACCUGAACAACUACGUCACGGGCUGGACAGACUGGAACCUGGCCCUGGACAUGGACGGGGGGCCCAACUGGAGCAAGAACUAUGUGGACAGCCCGGUCAUCGUGGACAGCAGCAAGGAUGUCUUCUACAAGCAGCCCAUGUUCUACCACAUGGGCCAUUUCAGCAAGUUCGUCCCCGAGGGCUCCCAGCGCGUACGGCUGGUCAUCUCCAAGAAAUGCUACAAGUGCAACCUGGAGUACGCGGCCUUCCUGCGCCCGGACCGGGCCGCCGCGCUCGUGGUCCUGAACAGGUACCCCACGGACGUGCCGUUCGGGAUCUCAGACCCAGGCGUUGGCUUCAUUGAGGCUGUGGCUCCGGCUGACUCCAUCCAGACCUACCUGUGGAGACGCUAAGGAGGAGGCCAGGGCAGGCGGGAUCGCAGCUGGGGGCUGUCGGGGGAGGAAGGACGUGCCCCCCUGCAUUGAUACCUCCCCAUUUAACACAGAACCCCCCAUCCCUCCAGGGAGGGACUUGGGGAUAGGUCCUAUCUCACCCAGUCAGCUGCCUUGCUGAGUGCAGGGGACCUGAAGGAUCCAAGGGAGGGGGAGGCUGGGGUUGGGCGGGGUCACAUUGAGUGACGGUCGUUGUGCUAGGAUGCACCAACCUGCUCGUAAAUGACAGACCCAGGACUCAGCAAAUGCUGAGUACCGACCCACCUGGGUACCUGCCUCCCAGCCCAGGGCUCCCCCACCCCUCUGCCUUCCCCAGCCCGACGGGCCUCUUCCCAGAGCACCGGGUCCCACUGUU